UUCACUGAAAGAAGGUGGAUUUUGUCAAAUUAUGACGAGAACUAAAUUAAGACCAGUCGAACAAGAAUGGCAACAAUUGAUUGGAAAUAAUCAACAGAUCAACUUUGAUUUAUCAACAAUAAAAAGUAUAGCAACCGAUGCUGGACUCACGUGGAUUUGUCACAAGGAGAUGAUCGGUGAAGGAUAUUGUUCAGUUCUACUGAGACGUCCAUUCGCACCUAAUCCAGAUCAACAGGUAACAUUUAUCAGAGUCAAACUUGAUAGCAAUUAUGAUUGGAUUGAUAAGAUAAAAGAAUUGUCUAAAGAUAAGAAUCAUAAAAUCUGGUUAACUGGAGGUGGUUAUGAUAAUGGGAUAGUUGGACUCACUAUGUCUCUGGUUAAAGAUCCUCAAUACAAUUUGAGAUGUUAUUAUGAUCCAAGAAAAAGAGAUGAUGAAGAGAUAAUUGUCCCUGAUGAAGUGAUGCAAAGAGAUUUGUUAGUAAAUGAAGUUGAUGAUAACGGAGAAAUUGGAUUGUAUAAAAGUGAACUUGCCAAUCUUGAUGAUUUACAAAUAGGAACAACGUCAUGUUAUGCUGAUAUUAAAAACAAAGGUGAUCUUUCAAGUUUACGUUGGUUCCAAUCACAUCAUAGUAAUUGGACUUAUAUUCCUAAAGACAAGCUCAUUGAAGAUCGUGAAAAGAUAACUAUCUAUUAUGGGUCUUUGAAUUUCAGGGAUGUUCUAAUUGUCACAGGAAGAAUUACUACAAAAUUUGACAACCGCGAGCUACAAGCUGGCCCGCUAAUUGGAACCGAGUUUUCUGGGGUAGAUUCAUUAGGUAAUCGAAUCAUGGGGAUGUGUGAAGCUGGAGGAAUUGGAACAUCUCUUUGCACUAAAACUUAUUUAACAAAGAUUCCAGUUCCUGAACACUGGACAUUAGCCGAAGCUGCUACAGUUCCUGUUGUCUAUCUAACAGCUUAUUAUGGUUUAAUUUCGGGAAAUUUACAAUGUGAGUGUGUUUUAAUUCAUGCAGGUUCAGGAGGAGUUGGUCAAGCAGCUAUUUCGAUCUGUCUAUCAAGAGGUUGUCAAGUAUUUACUACAGUUGGAACACAAGAGAAAAAGGACUUCAUUAAGAAACGUUUCCCUUCAAUCGAUGAUGAUCAUAUUGGUGACUCUCGAUCAACAUCAUUUGAAGAUAUGAUUAUGAAGAUGACCGAUGGUAGAGGUGUUGAUUUAGUUUUAAACUCACUUUCUGAUGAUAACUAA